AUGACGGCAGGUAGCCAAGAUGAUGGCCAAAGCGAGGCAGCUUCUUCUUCUCUGUCACUGACAGCAUCACAGCUUCCGUUCGAUCUUUCUUCUCUGUCACUGACAGCACCGCAUCUUCCGUUCGAUCUUGUUGCAGAAAUACUGUGUAGACUCCCCGUGAAACAGCUACUUCAACUCUGUUGCGUCUGUAAGUUAUGGAAUUCUCUUAUCUCUUUUGAUUCCAAGUUCGCCAGGAAGCAACUCAGUUUGUCAGCCUCCCACCGUGACAGCCACCACCUCUUCCUAUCAUCUACUCGCUGUUCAUGUGAGUUCCUUCUAUGUCAUUCUCCAAUAUCCUCUUUUUUCACCUCUGCUUCCAAUAUUGUUCCUGUAAAGCAGUUUAGUCCAACUCUAACGGGGGUUCUUAAUAAUGGACGCCGUCGUGCGGCAAUUAGCGCUUGUGACGGCCUCCUCUGUUUUGGGAUAGAUAAAUCUUUAGCUGUUUUGUAUAAUCCUUCCACUAGAAAAUCCAAAAUAUUGCCUCCUUUGGAAAAUUCAAAAGAGACUUGUUUUCUAAACUCUUAUACUUUAGUGUAUGAUCGUGUCACUAGUAAUUAUAAGAUUGUUGCUAUUGUUACUCUCUGUGAUAGCAAAAUAGAAGUUAACAUUCACGUUUUGGGUACCGAUUAUUGGACAAGAAUUCCGGACUUUCCAUGCUCUUCUCUCAUUCGUAAACCUGGAAUAUUUGUUAAUGAUACUGUUAAUUGGUUUGCAAGUGAAAAUAAUUUGGCAUGGGUCAUUGUUUCUCUUGAUUUAGAGAAAGAGUCUUAUCAAAAGUUUUCACCCCCUUUUUACAAAGAUGGUGAUUCAGGAACCGAACAUUCCAUUGCCUUGGGGGCAUUCAAGGGUUGUUUGUCCAUCCUUUCUCAUAUUUGUAAAGAAAAAAUUUCUAAUAUUUGGAUCAUGAAAGAAUAUGGAAAUGAAAAAUCUUGGACUAAAUUGUUUAGUAUUCCUCACUCGGAAGAAGGUAUGUUUUACUGUUAUGUGAAGGUAUUAUAUAUUUCAGAGGAUGAUAAAUUGCUGAUGGAGUUCUAUAACAUGGGAGAAUAUGGUUUUGUUGUCUAUGAUUCUAUUAAUAAUACUUUUAGUAUUCCAAAGAUGCAAAACAAUAUUCAUGAUCACAAGGUGGUACCACAGUUUUAUGUUCAAAGUUUGAUAUCUCCUUUAUAG